GGGCCACGUGACCGCCGCCCGCGGUCACCUGACGUCUCCCGAGGUUGAGCCCUGAGGUGGCGGCGGUGCGCGCAGCGCUCGGCUGCCCGCAGCGCUCUGCCAUGGCCGGCAGCGGGGCCGCCGGCUCCCCGCCCCGGCAGAACGGCCCUGGCUCCGUGCCGGAGCAGGACGAGGAGGAGGAUGACCCAGCCCUGGGUUGCGAUGGGGAUCUGGAGGUGAACCCCUACGACGGACUGCCCUUCUCCUCCCGCUACUACGAGCUGCUGAGGCAGCGCCGCAACCUGCCCGUCUGGACCACCAAGUACAGCUUCAUGGAGCACCUGGAGGGUAGCAGUGGCAUCAUCCUGGUGUCAGGGGCUCCUGGCACGGGCAAGAGCACGCAGAUCCCGCAGUGGUGCGCGGAGUACGCCCUCUCCCUGCAGUUCGCGCACGGCCUGGUGGCCUGCACCCAGCCCCACAGCCUGGCCGCCCUCAGCCUCUCGCUUCGCGUGGCGGAUGAGAUGGACCUUAACCUGGGCCAUGAGGUCGGCUACUGCGUGCCCCACGAGGACUGCUGCAGCACGGAGACCAUCCUGAGGUACUGCUCCGACGAGAUGCUGCUGCGGGAGAUGACGUCGGACCCGCUGCUGCGCCAGUACGGGGUCAUCGUGCUGGACGAGGCGCAGGAGCGCACGGUGCCCACGGACGUGCUGCUGGGGCUGCUGAAGGACGUGCUGCGGCAGCGCCCAGAGCUCAAGGUGGUGGUGGUGACCUCGCCGUGCCUGGAGCAGCGGCUCCGCGCCUUCUGCGGGGAGCCGCCCGUGGUGCGGGUGCCGGAGCCUGGGCCCCCGCCGCAGCUGCUCUACAGGGACCCGCAGGCCCGUGGCCACGUGGCGGCUGCCUGCCAGGCUGUGCUGGACGUUCACCGGCGGCAGGAGCCUGGCCACGUGCUGCUCUUCCUGGCCAGCGAGCAGGAGAUCACGGAGUGCUGCGAGGCGAUCAAGACCGAGGCGAUGGCCCUGAACCCGGGGCUGGGCCCGCUGCUGGUGCUGCCCCUGCACCCCAGCGUGGGGCGUGCGGCCCAGAAGGUGUAUGAGAUGCUGGAAGAAAAGGGCCAAGAAAGGAGGGUGAUCAUCACGCACUGGCUCGCGGACUCGUCCUUCUCCCUCGGGACCGUGCGCUUCGUCAUUGACUCAGGGCUGGAGCUGCGCAAUGUUUACAACCCCCGGAUCCGCGCAGAGUCCCAGGUGCUGCGGCCCAUCAGCAAGAGCCAGGCAGAGUCCCGCAUGCAGCGAGCUGCGGGCAGCCCCCCAGGCACCUGCCUGCGCCUCUACUCGGAGGCCUUCUACGAGCAGCGCCUGCCCCCCAGCCCUGCGCCCCACGUGAGCGAGACCAGCCUCAGCCGCCUAGUGCUGCUGCUGAAGCGCCUGGACAUCGCUGACAUGGGCCAGUGCGACUUCCUCGACAGGCCAGCCCCCGAGUCACUGAUGCAGGCCCUGGAGGACCUGGACUAUCUGGCAGCCCUGGACGAUGACGGGAACCUCUCAGAGGUGGGGAUCAUCAUGUCGGAGUUCCCCCUGGACCCCCAGCUGGCCAAGGCGCUCAUCGCCUCCUGCGAGUUCGACUGCGUUGAGGAGAUGGUCAGCCUGGCUGCCAUGCUCACAGUUUCCCCCUGCUUCGUGCCUCCUUCCACGCACCUGGAGGAGGCUGUGACCAUACGCCGACGGGCCCUGCUGCACCCAGACGGAGACCACUUCACCCUCAUCAACGUGUUCAACGCCUUCCAACAGCACAACGCGGACGAGGGCUGGUGCCGGAAGCACGCGGUGAGCGGGGAGGCGCUGCGGCUGGCGGGCAUCGUGCGGGCGGAGCUGCUGGAAGUGAUGCAGCGCAUCGAGCUGCCGGUCUCGCCCCCUGCCUUCGGCACCGACAGCAACGUGCUCAACCUGCAGAGAGCCCUCAUCUCCGGCUACUUCCUCAAGGUGGCCCGGGACAUCGACGGCUCUGGCAACUACGUGAUGCUGACGCACAAGCAUGUGGCUCACCUGCCCCCCACCUGCUGCUACCUGCUGCGGCGGCCUCCCCAGCGCCUGCCCCCCUGGGUCCUCUACCACGAGUUCACCAUCUCGCAGGACAACUGCCUCCGCGUGGUCUCCGAGAUCCAGCCCCAGAUGCUGGUGGAGCUGGCGCCCCAGUACUACCUGAGCAACCUGCCGCCCAGUGAGAGCCGCGACCUGCUCACGGAGCUGCGGGAGAAGGUGGCGGUAGCGGAGGACGUGCCCGUGGCGCCCGAGCCGGUGCUGGAGGAGGCAGCUGGAGGGGAGGAUGAAGACAGGGAGGUCUGUGUGGUGCAGUGAGCAGGAGCCGCCGGAGCCCUCAGCGCCGAGGGGCUACCUGGGCUCGGCUGUGACGGUGGGGGACGUAGGAGCUGGGGGGCAGCACCGCUGCAAGGGCUGUCCCCUUCCCCGGGGCGGGCGGGCAGAGCCUGCUGCAACGGGAGCCGGCGGCCAUGGGGAGCCGCGGAGGCAGAGCCUGGUUCGGCGGAGCGUGGCCCCGUGCUGGGCAUCGCGCCGGAGCUCCUGGCGGCUGCCAACAUGCGGGGUGCGCCCUGCGCUGCAGCUCCGCGUGCGCCUUGGGGGGAGCAGCUCCCCGGGCUGCGGCGCUGCUGCCGCUUUCACCUGUAUAAAGUUUUGUGACCUUUGC